AUGCCUUCAGUAAAAUAUCGUAGGUUGAGGCCUAUUACUGAAACUACUUCUGUUCCAAUGGGUGAUUAUGAUAGCAAUAAGGAUUUGUACGUAUUGUUCCGAGCUUUUCAGAGAUUAUUCGACAUUCGUCUCACAGCCAACUCUUCGGCGUUUUCCCCCAAAACCAAAGUGGAUGUUUUAAACAAAAAAGGUAGGGUAAUUAAUCAUGCACAAUAUGAUAUCCCAAAAAAUAUUUUUUACACUGGAUAUUUAAAAGGUAUGCCACAUUCUACAGUAUACGGUUAUGUACGGAAAGGAAGUUUUGUUGGAACAGUGCAGGAUGAAAAUGACACCUUCUACACAGAUCUAGCUGAUAAAAAUUAUUUUAGAGUUAAUGGAAGCUAUGGAACUGUUAUCUACAAGUAUUCAGAUAUUAUUUUUUGUAAUCUCCAGUCGCAUAACACUUGCAAAGAAAUAGAUAUCUAUAUGAAAGGACCGCGCAGAACAGACAUUCUGACAAGAUCAAGAAAAGUAUCAAAGUUAAUUAUCAGUCAACUUAAUAACCCAGAAAUUGCUACAGAGAAGAGAUCCACAACAACUCAAGAAAAUAAAAUAUGCAGCUUGGAAUUAGUGGCAGAUCAUACUUUUUAUUCUAGCAGAAACAGUGACAGAGAAGCUAUAAUUUCUGAAAUGCUGUAUUAUGUUCACAGUGCCAACGACAUUUUCAUGUCAACUGAUUUUAAUAUUGGUUUCAAAGUUGGCUUUCUCGUUGAAAAAGUUACAAUUUUCUCGAAUGCAUUUGACACCGAUAAUCCGUUUUUUAGUGGCGACGGAAGUGCAGAGCAAAUCUUGAACAGCUUUACAUAUCAUAUUCAAAACAAAUGCUUAGCUUUAGGCUUCUUACAUCGAGAUCUUCCGAACGAUGUAUUGGGCUUAGCAUACAUAGCAGAUUCCGACAGUACUUAUGGUUAUAUUGGGGGAAUAUGUGAGCCUCCAGUAAACAUCAAUCAUAAUUUCCGGAGCUACAAUACUCUCAUUGUAACAACCAAACACAACAACAGACCUUCACCAAAAGCAACCACGGCUUUGACUGUAACCCACGAAUUUGGUCAUAGUUUUGGUAGCCCGCAUGAUUCUACAUCUAACCCUAAAUGCAGUCCUGGGGGUGUAAAAGGCCAGUUCAUAAUGAAUCCUUAUUCCAACGAUGGGUCAAAAGUUAAUCAUAAACUGUUCUCCAGCUGUACUCGUGCCGCUAUAGCUCCUGUAAUCCAAACUAAGG